CUACUAAUGUCGCCUCGGCAUUAAUAAAAAAUGUUACUAUUGUUGUAUUGGGAGACAUUGGGAGAUCUCCGAGAAUGCAAUAUCAUGCUUUAAGCUUUGCUCAAAAUGGCUGGAAAGUAGAUUUGGUAGGAUAUGAUGGUUCUAAACCCCUUACUUCCAUAACGAAUAAUCAAAAUAUUAAUAUUCAUUACAUAUCUCAUCC